GAUUUUGGAUGUAGACAGAACAUUCCUCUGGCAAGGGGUCCUCCAGAAUGAAAUGCUCAAGUAUUGUUCUGGGGAUAAUUAAGUUUCAAACAUAACAAUAUAUGUAUUUGGAGUUAAUUUAGUUAUUAAAAUGUCCAUUAAGAGCCAAAUAUAAAGAGGUUUUGGGAAUACAAAUACUAAAACAAAAUAUAGUCCUUGCCCUCAAGGAGCCCACAUGUGCAUGCAACUUGUAAACAGACAAGUUAUGCAUCACAUAACUCUCAGUUCAGUCUCUCCAGACCAGAUUGAGUUGGGAGGCUCAUAGCAGAUACCAUGGCAGAACUGACCAGUUUGGUAAUCCCUUUGAAUUUGGUUUUAAAAGCUUAUGGAAAGGUAGAAGAGGCAUUAGAUCAUCAGUAUUAGUGAUAUAUUAUAAAAAAAGAAAAUCAAAUAGCCACAACAUUCUUUUUUUGGUGUAAUUAAUGAUGGCAACUGGUAUAGGCUGAGGAAGAGAUUCUGAUCCAUUAAGAAAGACAGGAGAACAGCCUCUUUGUUGUUCUUCAAACAAGACAUUUCAUUUCUUGACUCUGGGCAUUUUUACUGGCAUUCCCUAUAGAUGAAAUACUCCUCUCCCUGGACUCCCUGGCUUCUUUCAAAUCUGAGGUAAAAUCCUAUCUUUCCCAAUCCUCCUUAAUGCUAGAGCCUUCUUUUUGUUGUUCAUCUUCAAUUUGUCCUUUAUAUAUCUUGUUAGGACAUGGUUUGGUGAUUUCCAGGCACUUUGCCUUUUGAUUUAACACUGGACUUCAGUAACUCAGGAAGCGAGAAUGUGAUUGACAACUUUGUGCAAAGGUCUUAUAUUCAAUUUAUGAGCAAGUCAAGAAAUCAGCCCACAAGGGGGCAGAUGGGUGGUUCAGUGGAUUGAGAGCCAGGGCUAGAGAUUGGAGGUCCUAGGUUCAAACCUGGUUGUGUGACCCUGGGCAAGUCACUUAACCCCCAUUGCCUAGCCUUUACCACUCUUCUGCCUUGGAACCAAUACACAGUAUUGAUUCUAAGACCAAAGGUAAGGGUUUAAAAAAAAAAGAAAGAAAUCACCCCAGUCAUUGGUCCUCUUAAAAAAUGAAGGAUGAACAAAAUUGUUGUUUGUAUGCCAUCUCCCUAUUAAAUUGUGAGUUCCUUGAGAGCAGGAACCUUUUUUGGUUUUCUUAGUGUCUCUAGACUGGGUGACACAGGAGACUUAUUUCUGAUUCAUCACAGACCAAAGAUAAGGAGGAACAGACAAUGUUCCAGUAUGAAGUCCUAUAUGCAUGGGAGGCUUACUAAUAUCAUACCCCUAAUUAAGUGCAAGUUUUCAUUAACAGGAGCUAUGUGGUAAAAGCUAUUGUUGUAUAGACAUUUCCCUAAAUCUAACCACAAGUCCUUAAAGCAAACCUGAAGUGAGGCCAGGCAAUACCAAUUGCCUGAGGAGUAACUGUACUCCACACAACUGAAGCUAUCUAUCAUGCCUCUUCUAGGUGAGGUACCUUGUGCUUUUUUUAUACAUGAUCAUGCUACAUGUGAAGAGUUUCCACUACUUUUCUUGCAUCUUUACAAUGACAGUGAGGAGGAAGGGAGAAAAUAUUAAGAACUAAGAAUCUGGAAAAGUUUUCAUCAAGACCUUGGUUAUCACUUAAACUCUCUAAGCCUCAGUAUCCUUAUCUAUGAUAUGAGGAGUUGGACUCACUGACUGCUAAAAUCCCUUCUAGCAAGGGAUGUUGUAGAGAAAACAAUCUGAUGGUAUAUAACUGGAUUAGGAGAGUGUAGAGUUGAGGGUGAAUCCAAGAUAGCAAAUUUGAGUUACUAGAAGGAUAGUGAUACACUCAACUAAAACAGUGAAUGAAACAGUUCAAACAAUACAGUUUUUGGUAAAAUUACUUUAUCAUUGUUACUGUUAUUACCCACUUCAUAUAUAUAUAUAUAUACUCACAUGAAUUUACUUAAUAUUUUCAUGUCAAAUAAGAUAGCUCAGCUCAAGUGCCACCUUCCUAAAAGCUAUCGUUUCUUGAGCCCUACUUGCUACUGCCUUGCCCUCUCUGACUGCUUUACAUGUUUUUUGAAUUUCAUUUCACUAAUAUAUAUUAUUUCCCCUCAAAUUGAAUGCAAGCUCCAAGAAGCCAGUAACUUUAAUUUUUGUUAUUGUAUUCUCCAAGAUUAACACACUGCUCGCUACAAAGUUGGGGCUUAUUGCUUGUUUAAUGAAUAUCAUCAUAAUUUUUGGUAUUAAUAUAAUAGGCAAAGUUAUAAAAAAGCAGCAGCAAUAAAACUACUUUGAUAUUUUGAAAGAGGACAACUAUCUAGGGAUGUGGGACUACUACAAGAAACUUAAAUAUGGAGGCAGUGCCUUGCUACAUUGGAGAAGAGAGGGGUCUACCUCAGAUGCUUCAGUCCUGUAGCAAACCACACAGAAAAGAUUUACUUUUAUUUCUCUAUUUUUAAAAAAAUUAAAUAAUUUUAUUUUCCCCCAAUUGUAUGUAAAAAUCAAUAUUUAACAUUCAUUCUAAAAAUUUUGAGUUCCAAAUUCUCUCCCUCCCUUCUUCCCUUCUCCCUUUCCUGCAAUAGUAAGCAAUUUGAUACAGAUUAUACAACACAGUAACAUUUGCAAGGAGUUUUCAGGGUACUCUGGGCCCAACCCGCCCAAAACGUAGAGAGGCCUCACCCAAACAAGCUAAAUCCCGCCCAGCUCCUCCGCGUCGCUCGUCAAUUUCCUUGCACCACCCCAUUCCUUCAUCUGCCGCCGCCACCACCUCGACUCCUUUACAAGAUUUCUGCUCCGCCCUCUCCCGUACGCAUUUCCUCUAAGGACCCUCUUCCUACUUUACCGCGAGUAUCCGUUAGAAGAGUUCGACAAACUUCUGCUCUAGGCUUUUUGGAGGACCGAUCUUCUCUAAUGCCCCAGUGACGGCUCUUCGCUUCUCUGUUCUCUAGAGGUGACGUGAUCAUUUAGCGUUUCCGGGCUCAGAGUGUUGCUGAUAGGUGUCCUCAGCAUGGGGUUUUCCGAGGUCCUCAGGCCGGUGUCCAGGUUCAAUUCAUUCAAAAGGACACAAAUCAUACUGCAGCAUUUAAGAAUGUCUAGUCACACAGACUCAGAACCAGAAGUGUUGUUGGAAAGAAAAGGCUGUGCCGGAGUGAUAACAUUAAACAGACCAAAGGCUCUGAAUUCAUUGAAUAUUUCCAUGAUUCGACAGAUUUAUUUACAGUUAAAGAAAUGGGAAGAAGAACCAGAAACUUCUUUGAUAAUUAUGAAGGGUGCUGGAGGAAAGGCUUUUUGUGCUGGAGGUGAUGUCAAAGCAAUAGCAGAGGCAGGUAAGGCAAAAGAGAAAUGGAUUCAGGACUUCUUCAAAGAAGAGUAUACUCUGAACCGUGCUAUUGGUACUUAUCAGAAGCCUUAUGUUUCAUUUAUUCAUGGAAUUACAAUGGGUGGAGGUGUUGGUGUCUCAGUUCAUGGGGAUUUCCGAGUGGCUACAGAGAAAACACUUUUUGCUAUGCCAGAAACAGCAUUAGGACUUUUCCCUGAUGUGGGUGGAGGUUAUUUUCUACCACGGCUUCCAGGAAAACUUGGUUACUUCCUUGGACUCACAGGAUUCAGAUUGAAAGGCAGAGAUGUACAAAAAGGAGGAGUUGCUACACACUUUGUAGACUCUGACAAGUUGACUAUGCUGGAGGAAGAUUUGUUGGCCCUGAAAUCUCCAUCAAAAGAAAAUGUGGCAGAAGUCUUGGAUUCUUACCAUAAAAAGUGUGAAGUUAAUCAAGAUAAACCUUUUGUACUUGAGGAACACAUGAAUAAUAUUAACAGCUGGUUUUCAGCAAGCACUGUGGAACAAAUCAUUAAGCAUUUGGAAGAUGAUGGUUCACCUUUUGCACUUGAGCAAUUGAAGAUAAUGAAAAAAAUGUCUCCAGCCUCCUUAAAGAUCUCAUUAAGACAGUUGAUAGAGGGGUCUUCAAAGAACUUAACGGAAGUGUUAAUUAUGGAAUAUAGGCUGAGUCAAGCAUGCUUGAGAGGCCAUGACUUUUAUGAAGGCGUUCGAGCAAUUUUGGUUGACAAGGACCAGAACCCCAAGUGGAAACCUGCUAAAUUAGAAGAAGUAACUGAUGAAUUUGUGAAUGAAUGCUUUAAGUCAUUGGGAAGCAAUGAUCUCAAAUUUUAACUGCAAUGACUGACCUUUCUCAGAGUUUCUUAUGAACAGAUAAGUAAGAAAAAUGGAAGGUAGACUCUUUGGGACUAGAAAAUCAGCUUAAUUUGAUAUGGCAGUCCUUUUCCCCCUAUGAUUAUAUGAUAAUCUAUUCAUUUAUUAUCUUGUAUAGCAUUACAUAUAGACCAUACUGAAUAAAGAUUCUUCGGAAAAAAAAAAA